AUUUUUAUCAGUAACGAUUUGGUAAAUGAUGCGUGGUGCUAUUGUUACACAGUGCAUGGAGGGCUUAAACGUGUAAACAAACAAACAGCUGUCAUAGUGCGUAUGUGUGCUGCUGGCUGUCAUAGUGUAUUGCUGUGUACAUUGAAAAAUAUUGAAUCCCGUUUUCUCACGUUUCCACGUUUGCUAAGUAUAUGUUAAGCUUAUCAGUAGUGACAAGUGACUCACGUUGAAUCACAUUUCGCGGCUUUUUUGCGUAUACAAUAAUAAUUGAAGAAGAUAAGCCGUUUUCCUAGAAUCGGGCCCGGUCGCCAUUGGCGGCGGUGUGCUUGGAAUUCUCUUUGUCUCCAACGCCCAGCAGCAAGCUCGCAAGCAAAUGGAUAGCAGAGGCGAACAGGGCGAACCAGUGAACCGCACACAUGGCAGCGGCGUUCGGGUUCAUCUCAGCCUGCAACCACCGGUCCUGCGAAAAGGAAUUCAAAUGUGACGCAAUCAUGACCAAUUGGAAGAAUAUUAAUUGCAACAUGCAUCAUCGGAAAGAUACCGACAUGGCACAUUAACUACAUAACUCAUGUGUAUGCGAUUAAAGCGAUAAGCCAUCUACAAAUGCCAGCCAUGCAUACGCCUCAUGUCAGUGUUGCAGAUUAUCCACAUCAGCAAACUCAGCCCAGUAUCACUGGCCCAAUGGCACCCGCACGACUUGUUCGCGUUAUUUCGCUCACAAUUUCCCUUAAUUUUUAGCCUAAUCGUUUUGCUUAAACUUAACACGCCGCGGCGGUUGUCUUCUUCGGAAGACAUAUUUCCGUUUCGUAUUACCUAUAGCUACAGUUUCGUCUUCCCGUCUUGCCGCGUUGUUGUUGCUGGAGGAACGGGCGCGUUUGCGGAGUUUUGUUUUAAUGAAGAAAAGGUCGACCGAACAAGAAGAAUAGCGCAGGCAGGUUCGGCACAACCCGGAGUUCGAUGAAACGGCCAGUGGGGGUGGCGUGGCGGGAAGAAGUGAAACGAGUUUUUUUUUUAACUUUGCUCAUCAUAGCAAGACACACGGGGCUGGCUCUGGCUCUGACUCUGGCUUGAGUCGACUUUGAUGCGGUGCGGAGGAACGUGAACGGCGGCGAGCAAGAUACAGAGCGUGUGGAUGGGAUUGGGACGAUUCGAUGAGUUUCAGAGUGAACUCUGUGUGUGACGGCACGGCGACGGUGGUGGUGGGUCGCAAAAAUAAAAAGAAGCAAGAAGAAAUCGGCCCAACCCCAGCCCGGCAGUCCGCAGUCGGCCGGCCAACGAACGCGCAGCAGACCAUCAUCAUCGCACCGCCGGUUGACGUCGUUUUGAGUAGUACUUGGAAGAUGGGUACACCAUCAGUGAGGCAGUUUUCGUGAGAAGCAACUCGUGGAAUAGAAAGAAGAAGGAGCAAUCAUAAAGUGAGGAGCAGAGAAGUGAGCGGCAAGAAGAAUUAUUAAAAAUUAGUGCUGGUACGAGCGAACAUCUGCGUUCGACGUUCCUGUAAAUAUAUGAUGAUGAUGAUGGGAGAGAUGAAAUGUAUCAAAUAAGUCCAUUAUCUCCCUCAAUACCUGUACAGAGUGCUAAAGAAUAAUUCAAAUAAUCGAUAUCGUUACUCGGAGUGGUGCGAAGAAGUGCUAUACGCGUCCAACAGCGCAGCGAGUGGAAGUGGUGUUGGAGGUAAAAUCGUGUAGAUCUGGUUUCGGAGCGAGGCUCCGCAGAUCAGCCUGUGUCUGUGCGCUGAUUGUAUGUAUGUGUAUGUGAAGCUGAACCCAGCUGGGCAGAAGUGUACGAAGAUUGGGAAGUCGCACCAGGGGCGGCAAAUAUAAGCAGAAAAAAACAGCCCGAGAAAUGUAUCCAGAAAAGUGAUGUAAGGAGACGGCAGCAGUAGCAGAAGAAAUCACGUGUAAUCACAGAAUACCAGAAGUGCUACAGCAGUAGUCCAGUCAGAAGGGAAGAAUCGCGCAAAAUCUGGUUGUGCGCUCUCCCGGUUCUCAGUCCUCUGGAGAGGAGGAAGAUCCGGUCUUUUAGAUAGUGUGUUGUUGUAGUCGCAGUUCUUGUUGUCGUGUUCGUCGUCGUCGGCGCGCACACACACCGGCGUCAAGAUAGGGAAAAUGGACAAGGAUGGUGACAAGAAGGGUGGCGACAAGAAAGGUGGGCAAUCCGGAGCCGGCUUGGGAGGCGCAGCCGGUGUUCCGGAUCCUGCCUCACUGUUAGAUGCUGCAUCGUUGUUCGCGUACUGGGGUCGUGAUCCCUCGGCGAUGGCCGCAGCAGCAGCAUCGAAUCCCCUGUUCGGUUCCCAGUUCGCCAUGCCCGGAGGCCUCGGAGGUCUGAUGCCGAAUGCGGCGGCAGCGGCGGCGGCCGCUUCGGGCGGUGGGACGGAUCGGUACCAGAUGUCCCAUUCGCACCCGAACACGAUGGCCGUGGCCGCCUCGCAGGCAGCCUCCCUGGCCGGACUGCAUUCCAGUUGGUGGUCGAUGGCCCAACUAGCGGCCCAGGACUACUUUGCCCGGUUGCAGGCAUCCGGAAUGUCGCAGUUGCAGUUUCCGCACGGGGCAGCCGACCUAGCCGGGGCGUUCCCCGGAGGCCUGGGGGCACUGGGUGCAAUGGGGGCUGCCGGGGCAGCUGGAGCGGCCGGUGCUGCGGGCAACAGCGGACCCGGUGGUGCCAAUGGGAAAGGUUCCGGUGGCAGCAAAGGAAAAAAGCGGGACCGCAGCAGUAAUAGUAACAGUAGCAACGCUAGCAGUACGGGAGGCGGAGCCGGUGGAAUGGGAGGCGGAAAUGCUGGAGGGUAUAAGAAUUCUUCCUCCCCAUCGGUGUCGCAAGCGGCGGCAGCGGCCGCUUACAAACAGUCCCUCUACAGUCAGGCCACUCUACACAAGGAGCUGAUGGCUAUCACGGCGGCAGCAGCCGCAGCACAAAGUCAACAGGGUGCUGGAUCGGGCGGCAUGUCCGGAGCUGGAGGCCAAUCGGGCUCUUCAAAGUCCAAAUCAUCAUCAUCGUCGCACGGUAGCGGUGGUGGUAGUGGAGGUCGGGGAGGUGGAGGUUCCGGUGGCAACAACCCCAAUGCAAACGAUGUGCUCUCGCUAACGAGAGGCUCGUCGGCGUCACCCUCGGUGAACUCGUCCAAGUCGCAACAACCGUCGCCUAGUGUGACCAUCAGUGCCAGCAAUUUGUCCAACUCGUCGCCGGGAAACCACCUGCAGAAUCUGUCCCGUGGUGGGAAGGAUUCCGGCGGCAAGGGCGGAUCAGCGGCGGAUUUGAGCUUAAGUGCUUCGAUGAACGCGCUGAACACGCUCUCCCAGUUUGGGAAUUUGGAUCUGGCGACGCAGCAAAACGUCACGGCAACAAUGAAUGCGCUGGCCGCCAGUUCUGCCAAAGCGAAAGACUACAUGUCCUCUGGAAUACUCAACGAUCCGUCCUCGCUUCUUGGGGUGCGAUUACCUCCGGAUACGGAAAUCAUCAAGUACACUAGUUCCAUUGUGGGGCCGAAAGCGACCGGUUCGAGUGGCCGGGCUAACAAACGUGCCCGGAUGGAAUCGAACGAGUACGGACAGCAAGGUGCCACAUCCGGAGGGUCUAUGACCACCGGGGGAAACAGCAACAACAGUAACAACAGUGGUGCGACCAACUUGUCUGCGCUGGGUGCUAUGGGAUCUGGUGGUGGUUCCGGCGGAGGUGGUAAUAACGAUAGGAUAGAAGUCAUCAAACUGCCACCGACUAUCACGUCCAACGGAGUUUACAACGCCGGGAAAGGAAAAGAUGCCAUGUCCGAUCCGAUCAGCGAGUGGGCCGGUUUGAAUCUCAGUGCAAAAUCCUCCUCAUCGAUGGCGUCUUCGUUGGCAGCGGCAGCGGCCGCGGCUGUGGCGGCUGCCGUAAACGAGCCCCAAGACGACGCCCCGUUGAACCUGUCAAUGAAACCGUCGAAGCCAUCGGACCAUAGCCGAGAAUCGCCUGCCCCACCGUCCGGUUCGUCGACACCCAGUGCCAACAGUUUACAGAGUCUCAGCACAAUCACGGCCGCUCUGGGAGCGUCCGGCGGAUCGUCCGAUAGUACCCCACGAUCUCGUCGAAAAUCCAACAAUAAGAAUCGUUCGUCUGCCGCGGCCGCAGCAGCAGCAGCCGCCGCCGCCGCUUCGGCGGAUCCGGCGGUUUCGGCCGCUGGUUUCGUCCUGGGUGGCAGCGCUUCCGCCGACGGUGGCUUGAACAAUUCCCUCCACAGUAGUACCAUCAGUUCGCUGCUGUUGGCGGCCAGUGGUGCAAGUGGUGCCACUGGUACGACCACAACCGCUAGUAGCAGCAACAGCAGCAAUAACAGUGGCAACGGGAUCCUACAGUCAUCCGGUGGAAGCGUGGUCGCCACCCAGCUCGGCCUGAACAGUUCCCUGUCGGAGUUGUUGAAGAUCUCCAAUUACGAAGAGAGCGACUAUGCAGCGCUGAGUGGAUCAUCCCAAUUCAAGGAAGGUCGCCCGCGGAACUUGGGACGAGGCGUAUCCAAGCCCAAGAAGAACACGGUGGCAUCCCUUCUGGCACAAAGCCGUGCCGUAGGCUCAAAACCCCUUACCGCGCAGCAACUACUCACACAGGAAGCGGAAAUAGAAAAACUUCGCCAGGUAAUGAUCGAAGCUAGUCAAUCGAUGGACAGUACCAGCAAUACCAACACGGACACGGAAAGCGUGGCCGAGAGCGGCAUGUCCGAGUCGGAGGGCGAAGAGCAAAUCAACGUCAAAGAGCUGCGGGUACCGCUGGAGAAGGGCUGGCGCCGGGAGACCGUCAUCCGAGGUCUCACCAAGAACGGCCAGAUCAAGGGGGACGUGUUCUACUACCCGCCGCAGAGCAUGAACAAGAUGAAGGGCAUGAACCAGGUGCAGUUGUACUUGGACCAGUUCAAACCGAAGGACUUGUCGCGGGACAACUUUAGCUUCUCGGCGAAGGCGAUUGUGGGAACGUUUUUGCAGCCGGCUCCACCGCCGUAUGCCACCGAUGGAGAGUACAUCAAGAUGACGGAUGUUGAAGUGGCUCGGCGGUUGGAGGAGCUGAAAAUGUUCACCCGGCAUACGGCGUUGAACGUGGAGCAGAGGAUCGAGAUCGCCAAACAACAGCAGGCACUCCGGGAUGCCAAGAAGAUGGCUAAGGAUGAAAUCAGCAAGAACAAGGAGAAGGCUCGUCAAGCUAAGGAAGCUGAACGAAAUGAAAGGCUGGAGCAGCAGCGUAGAGAGCGUGAACUGAAGAAUCAACAAGCUUUGGAGGCUAAAAAGAAGCGGGAGGAGGAAAUCGCCCGCCAAAAAGCCGAAGAAGCUGCACGGAAACAGCAGGAGAAAGAACUGAAACGGCAGCAGGCAAUUUUGCAAAAAGAACAGGAACUACAGAAACAGAAAGAGCUGAUGUACGCCGUUGAAAUGGAACGGGAACGACGGCGUCAGCACAUGGCACUCAUCAAGCAGUUGGAGCUGCGGCGGAAGUUUGAAGAGAAGGAGAAAAAGAAGCAUCAGGUUAUUUUGGACAAGUUGAUUCAACGCGAGAAGAAGCUUGCCAUGCGUAAGCGAGACACCAGCAUCCUACAGGAGUUGAGAAAACCGCUGGAAGAUACGGAAAUCGGAGACCAGACGGAACUUUUCCUCAUACCGAGGAUUUCAGGACAGAAACUCACCGGUCAAGGCUUCUCCGAUCUUCUGAUGGUGUUUGAAUUCCUACAUAACUUCGGCGAAACGUUAGGCUUUGGUGAAUCUACAGAAAUGGAAACACUGCCAACGCUUCAGACGCUCCACGCAGCACUAACGAGUGACAACGCCGUGGAAGCCGAAGAAGAGCUACUCUCGGUGAUGACACACAUGUUGGUGUGCGCCAUUGAGGAUCCGGGCAUUCCCAAUCCCGGCCGGCACACGACCCUGCUCGGUCAAACCCUCCGGCAGGCGGAUAUUACGCACUCGAAUGUCUCGGAGAUCCUGCGAAUAUACCUGUACGCGGUGGCACACGGCGAAGUGCGGCAGCAGAGUGGAAUCAAUCUGGAGCGGGAACGGGAACGGCACCAUCUGCCGACGGAGGAAGACAUCAAGACUGCCAGUGAUAAGAAUAGGCAGUUCUAUGAACUGCUGUCGGAGAAUACCAGGUACAAGUUGUCCGAGUUGUUGAAGGAUAAACCGUUCGUGUCCAUCAAUCCGGCAACGAAGGCGCAGAUUCUGGCCAUGCUGUGCAACGAUUUGCUGAUGAACAAGGCAGUGUGCAAGCAGAUCGAAAGCAGUCUGGAGACGCAGGCUCAGUUGAAGAAGGAUCGCUACCUGUUGGAUAACAAGAUCAGGAAAUACAAGAUGCUCGUAGCGAGGAAACAGCGAAUUGAACAGUACGAAAAAGCUCAGGCUGCUGCGCUGGAGAAGUCGCUUUCAAUGAAAGCGGCGGAGGAAGCUAAGCGUGCAGAAGAAGCAGCAGCUGCGGCGAACGCUGAGAAUAAUCCAGCGAAUCCGACUGACCCACAACAACCGCCACCACAAGCACAAUCAGGGGAGGAGAAGACUGAAGGAGAGCAAGAGAAUGCCGAGGAGACAACGACAACAGUUGCUGAAGGAACGCCGACUGCUGAAGCUCCAAUUCCAGAGGCGGAGCAGAAUCACAAGGAAGAAGCGCCGCUUAGCUCCAGCCAAGAACCGCUGAACAACGGAACGAGCAGUACCACAGACGAGAGUCCCAUCAAGGUACCACCCACACCAAUGCAAGACGAUUCAAUGAUGAAGUCGAAGGACAUGAGCUUCAACGAAAUGAGCGACAUGUCCGGGCUAAACAUUUCUCAACAAGCAUCGGGCGGCAAUGAUACGGACAAUCCGUUCUCCAAAUCCAUGAUCCAUGACGCGCCAAGCGAGCGAAACGAAGACGACAACAGUGAUCUGGAAAGUGAAGGAACUCAGUUAGAAGAGGACGAGGAUGCUACACUAACAGCCGAAGAGGCGCAGCGAAAGUAUGAGCGAAUCCUGGAAACGUCCUUCCAGAACAAGCAACAGUUGGAGCAUGCUCUGAAUCAACUCCGAGUGAAGUGUUUCGGUCAGGACCGCUACUGGCGCCGUUACUGGAAUCUCUCUAGGUGUGGCGGAAUCUACGUAGAAGCGAUGGAAUCCGCCCAACAAGACAUGUACAAAUACGAAAAUGCUCUCGAGGAGCUACACGCUAGUCAGGAAUCGGUUCCCGCAGAAGAACCAGCUGUACCUGAAACGGCUCCACCGACGCAAGAACCGAUGGAAGUGGAGAUUCCACCGGAGGAUGACCUCCCGCGCUUCAUUCCGACGAUUGCAGACAUCGUCAAGCGCGAUCGUGACAAAAACAAAGAGAACAAAGAUUCCAACGAUUUUCCGCAUCACAUCGGACUGGAGGAACGCAAACGGAAGCGUUCCAGCAGGAGCAAAAAGAAGCACGAGUUCUUCAAUCAGGAGAACGCCAACGAUAGCGAAUCGCAGGACGUUCAGGAAGAGGACAAUUCCCGAACCAGCUUCAGCAACUGCGAGGAAACGAGAACCGACUCGCAAUCGGAAGCGGAACCACAAUCCCAACCCAUGCCGGUUCCGGUGGAGAAGCCGCCGGCGCCGAUGACGAUGCCACCGCUAGUGCAGGAACCACCCGUUCCGGCGCCCAUUCAGUUGGGUGCCAAGAAGAAACGCGACGAGGACCACCUGAUGGACAUUGAGGAUUCCAUCCCAACGGCGAUCCUGGUGCAGAAGGGUAACAAUCACGACGAAACCAAGAUUGUCGAGGUGAACAAUCAGAUCGGAGGCGUCAACGUGAACCGACCGCAGGAUGAUGGAGAUGUCCAACUGAUUCAGGAAGAAACCCCCACUAUCACCAUUCCGGAUGACGAUACCCAGGACGGUGAACCGCACCCCCGACCCCCGGAUGGCAGCGAUCAAAUGGCGCCCCACAAUCCAUCCAUGGGGCCGGCUGCAAACGGAGGAAACAAUGGAAGCAACUGUGAUAUUAAGCCAAAGCUGGAGAACGGUGAAAUCGAAAUGGGCUCCGGUGGCGAAUUGGGUGGCGAAAUCGGUGGACAGGAAGGUGUCGAAAUGGGCGAAAUUAAGGACCAGAAGCUGGUCAAAUUUGAGUUCAAGAGAGACGACGACUGCAUGAUGGAACGGUGGUUCUCGAUUGUGGACAAGGAUCUUCCGCUGACCAGCACCGAGUGCCCACUGCCGACGCUCAAGGGAACCACCCCGGCGGCGAUGGCCCGCCAAGUGUAUACGAACAUCACCUGCAAGGAAAUCUGCCAAUCUCAGGGCAACCGGUGGGAUAUCGGAAACAAUAUCCAAUUCUUUAGUGUUCCGUUGGAGAAAGGAGUGGAGAUUCAUUUCAAGAAUGAGUCUUUCUUGUCACUGUCCGGAUUGGAUGAAGAAGAAAUGAACGAUGUGAUCGCGAAACGGGUUAAAAAAGAUCCGGAACAGUUGGCCGAUCUGAAGCCCCAGUUGAUUCCAGUCACGCCAAAACGGGAGUCGACGACCGAUGACAGCCAUUCGGACAUGAAGCACGAAGGUGAAUCGGAGGAAUUUGGAUCAUUUUCUCUUCCGGCCUACAUGCAACUAACGUUAAGCAACCUAACUGCCUAUGUGCAAUGUGAUCAGUUCCAACCCUUGCAAAUGACUCCGGAGGAGGAGAAGCAAAUGGAAGAGAUCAAAACCCGUGGCUUCCUGAAGAAACCGGAAAUCAAGCCGGUUCCGAGGGACUUUCGGCAUGGCUGGUGGAAAAUCAACGACAUUGAAGAGCUGAACGAACUCAUCAAGUCACUUAAUCCGCGAGGAGUGCGGGAAAGGAAUCUCCGGCAGAAUUUGCUCGAAUCUCUACAGGAAGGGGUGAACGUCAGUACGCCCUACCCUAUCUCUCACCUGAACGAACCCACCCCACAAAGCAGCUGGACCGAAACGGAAGCGUGGAACGCUUGGCGCCCAGCCAUUGCCCGACGGGUAGAAAUUGCACUGCUCGAUCAGAUCGAAGCCAUGGAGGACAAGGUGGCAUCGGCCUCGAUGCAAAUCAAGGGCUGGCAGAUGCCCUCGCGGGAUGGCGAGAACGAAAGCGAAACGCCCGAAGAGGUGACCAUCGAUUUGCUGCGGGAACGGAUUUCCGGACUGGAGGCGGCUAUCGAGAGGCGCUAUCUCAAGCCGCCAUUGGGAAUCAACACAACGGAAGCACAAAUGGCUGUUAUCGCACAACAGGAACACCAUCACUCGAUGGCAAACGCUUCAACCUGCUCGAACAGUUCGGAGGAUGAAAACAUUCCGAAAGGUCUCGUGUCCUGGCGCGACGCUGUAGAACGAUCGGUCACUACCGCCCAACUAUCGAUGGCAUUGUACGUGCUCGAAUCGUGUGUCGCGUGGGACAAGAGCAUCAUGAAGGCGAAUUGCCAGUUCUGCCAGUCGGGUGAGCAGGAGGACAAACUGCUGCUGUGUGACGGGUGCGACCGGGGUUACCAUACGUACUGCUUCAAGCCACGGAUGGACAAGAUUCCCGAUGGUGAUUGGUACUGUUUUGAGUGCAAGAAUAAAGCUACCGGGGAUCGAAAGUGUAUAGUCUGUGGCGGUCUUCGGCCGCCUCCCUUAGGUAAGAUGGUCUACUGUGAGAUAUGCCCUCGGGCAUACCACCAGGACUGCUAUAUUCCACCUCUCUUGAAGUAUCCUCGCGGCAAGUGGUACUGCCAGAACUGCAUCUCGAAAGCCCCACCCAAGAAGAAGCCCCAGCGAAAGCCACCAAAGGACAAACAGAACCACAACUCGUCGUCGUCACAGCUCAAUCAAUCCAGUCUGAGCAACCAGUCGGCGAACCACUCGCUAAAUUCCUCUCACGAAGAAAUCCCACCGUCAUCUACGCCGACACCCGGCAUGCCCAUCACACCACUGCCCGGUUCCAACAUCAAUUCCACCCCGUUAAGUCCAGCACAUUCAGUAGCAUCCACGACCCAUGAAGAGCCGUUGUCGUCGUCGGCGUCGUCUGCUAUGCCCGCCAGCCAACCGUGUUCAACAUCGAUGCCAUUGCAGCCAGAUUUCAGUCAACACCACCACCAGCAGCAGCAACAACAGCAACAAUCGCAACAACACCAGCAACCCCAAGCCAUUGCCGCCUUCGCACAGCAGCAGCAGCAGCAACAUCAGCAGUCUCAAUACGCCAAUCUCGAGGGAACGCCGGCAUCCAGUGUGUUGAAUAGCUUCCAACUGCCACCGCCGGUGGUGGCCAGCAACUACGAUCCUCAGCAACAGUAUCAACAGUACUAUCAAUCUCAGCAGCAGCAGCAGCAACAUCACCAGUAUUACCAACAGUACAACUCAUUCGCUCAGCAGCAGCCUCAGCCUCACCAAGAAUCUCAUCUAUUUCAACCGACCGGAACUGGCGGCGGUAAUGUCGUUUCCAACGACCACAGCGGCAGCAUGGACAACAGUCUGAACAUUUCCAUGGGCAGCAACGAUGGUUCGCAGUUCGCGCCACAGGAUGGCCAUCAGACGCCCCAGCAGCAACCCUGUCAGGACAACAGUAGCAUGGCUACGUCCACGCCGACGUCCGGUUCGGCCGGAUCGGCCGAGUACUACUCGCCGUCGAGUGCCAAUGCGUGCGCAUCCGGGUCCGGCUAUGACUCGGAAAAGCACAUGGAAUCGUCCGAGGAACAGAUGCAACCGAACGCAUUGCUAGGCGGUGGUAAUGGCGGCAGCAGCAGUAGCAGCAGCAGUUCGCACAAAUCCGACAAAAAGGACAAGAAGGAACGGGACGAAGCCGAGAAGCUGGCCAAAAAGGAAAAGAAGGCUACUAAAAAGCUUAUGAAGGAGUUGGCCCCGUGCAAGACGGUUCUGGAGGAGAUGGAGGUGCACGAAGACUCUUGGCCGUUUCUGCUACCGGUGAACACCAAACAGUUCCCCACGUACCGUAAGGUCAUCAAGUACCCGAUGGAUUUGUCGACCAUCAAGAAGCGCCUCCAGGAUAUGGUUUACAAAUCUCGCGACGAUUUCAUCACCGACGUCCGGCAGAUAUUCGACAACUGCGAGAUGUUCAACGAGGACGACUCCCCGGUGGGGACGGCCGGCCACGGCAUGCGCAAGUACUUCGAGCAGCGGUGGGCCGAACUGACGGAGAAGCACGAAAAAUCGUCCUGAUGUCACGCCGCCGGUGGAGCGACAACAGCGUCUUCGGAGGGAAUCGGCGGCGGCGGGGUAGCACCACUGGGGGAGGAGCAGCAAGGCUCGGUAGAAGCGGCGGAUGGACACCGAAGCGAAGGGAACGAGGGAUCAGCCAGGGAGCUGCCGAAGGAGGAAACAGGUUUGGUAGCAGAGUCGUCGUCGUCGUCGUCGUCCAAAGCGAUCGUUGCGGCGAUGCUCAAUCAGGACAAUCCAACCAGGACGCAUGGGACGGAAGCCGCGGAGGUGAUGAUAGUGGAAGAUGGAACGGAUUGAAUGGAAGUUGGGGGCGGAUGGUUUGAUGGUAUGAACGAUGAUUUUCGCGUUAGCUUAGUUUGAUUUCGUGUAUUAUAGAGAAAGAAUCUCGCCAAGCGAGAUCGCAUUACCUACUAAUUCUGACUGUGUAAGGAAAAUACCGAGGCAGUAUUUUUUCGUUCGAUUUUUGUUUUUUUAUUAAAAGGAAAUUGAAACUUCCGUUGAGGUCAACUGUAAAUUUAUCACAGUGAGAAAAUGUACAUAUAAUGGGCAUACAUUCUAUUUCUUUGCUUGUCUUUUUAAGGGUUCCUAACAGGAAUUUACCACCAGGGAAUAAUUGACAGAUGUUUCCCGGGUUUCAUCUAAGAUUUUCUCCGAAAAAAACAUCAUCUUACAACUAUGUUUUUUUGUCGAUCGAUUCAUUUUUACUUUAUUUAUCAAUAAAUAUUUUAUCGCAUCGUUGUUCACAUUUAUGGGUUAGAAUCUAGUAAUUGUUUUGAACAUGUAUCAAAAGGUGACUUCAAUAAUCACUUAGAAGUUGAGGAUCUACAUAGAAGUUUUUUACCGCAUAAUAUUGACUUCUAUUUAUUCAAAAUAUGUUUACCAAUUUCACUGGAAACUUUUCAUUGUGAACUAUCUUAAACAAUUGAUUAAAUCUAUUGCUUGUGCUUAAAUAGAACAUUUUACUGUUCCUUUCAAAAGCAUAUCCAAUUUCCAAUUUAAACUGAGAUAUUUGUUUGCUUUGUUAAAUGUAUAUUUUUCCCACUGUGAAUAGUUUUUUUAAGUUCAGUAUUGAGUGCAGAUAAGGAUUUGGAGCUGUUCCGAAUGAUCCGAGCGACUAGAAUCGAAACACUUUUGAAGAAACUUUGGAAAACACUUUUGGAGUAAGAUCAAAAUUCUUUAAAUGAAAACAAAAAAAAUAUAUCAAAAAUCAUAAACUCAAAUAAUUAACUUAAAUGUAUUCAAGCAAGAAAAUAGACUGUUUUACAAAUAAAGAAAACGAUAACUUAUUAUUCUCUAGAACACUCCCAUUCUACUUUAGCAUUAGCGGUUCGCAAACCCAACGUUAUAGUACUAAAACAAACCAUGAGAUAAAUCCUCUGAAUUGAAUCAAAUUUAGGAAGCAUUGGGAAAAAAGUAUAUCUACUAUUCAACUCGAGAGGCGCCCUGAUUGACACAUAACAAACAAAUUGAAAUGAGGUAGGAGAACAAAAUUCGUUUAUUUUUUCAAUCCUCCAAAAACAAACGACUAGAGUCACAGCAAAAAAAAUCUAAAUUUAUGUAACUAGUGAAAUCUCCACUAUUGGGCGGUCUUCUAUGAUGAUCUGGGCGCGGUGUGGUUCCGAUUUCCAGGAACAACUCGCCCCAACGACGGUGGCUAAACGCGCAGAGAGAACAGAAACUAAUUUGUAAAUAGUAGUACUUAGUUACGCGAUUUGUAGCGUUAAGUGCAAAGGACAACCGUUUUUAAAGGAAGAGCAACAAGGGCUGAUCUAUUUAUAUGACAGAAUUAAAACGCAUAAACGCAGUACAUACAUACACACCUAUUCUAAUCAAAGUAAGCGCAUUUUUUUUGUUCGGAAUAAUUUCAUUAGACAAGCGAAAGUGAUAAAUCCGAGUAGUCCGAUUGAUUUUAGCUUUCACGUACCCGCCUACUCAGUUUCCGAUUUGUUCGAUUUGCUACAUAGAGGAACAAUAUUUAUAAAACUGUGUGUGUGGAAGCGAGGAGGUAUAAGAGCAGCUACAUUGCAGCCAACAACAAUGAGUAGUUAACUUUUGAAAACGUUUUAGAAGUCCCAGGUAGGCAAGGGAAUAUAGUAAAAACCCCUCAUCUAUCGCAAAGAGUAGUGAUUCAAUGUGAAUAUACUAAUGAAUGUCCAUGUCCUGAGUAAACCCCGUAAAACUGGCUAGUGUGUUAAAAGCAAACGUAUCCAACUAAUCAAAACCCGCUAGAACGACACCGCGUAGAUUGCUCAUACUAACAUCUACCGAUUAGCAACUUGGUAAGGAUUUUAUUUGCAACGACAAACAAUUCCCCGAAAGAUUUGGUUUACAUCGCUGUGCUUGUGUAUCAAUCGAGAUCUGCACAGCAAAAAAACAUAUUCACAUCCACAACUCACGUCCUUUAAGUUUUAUGAUUACUAUACUAGUAGAUAUGAUAUGUUUGUGUCACAAUUCCUCCUUCUGACCGCGUGCCGGUGUAGAAUGCAUGAUAAUUACAUGAAUGAAUAACAGUAAUGAAGAGGAAAAUAUGUUGAUAUAUAAUAACAUGUGUACAUAUUUCGACUAGACUUUACGAGUAAGGUAAUAAUAAAAUGCGUAGAAUAAAAUUAUGGAUGAAUAUUAGA